GCAUUAGCCACCACUACAGCCGAACUACAUGUGGCUACGAGUGACGAAAGAAAUAAAUGGGAAAAACAGUUUUCCGGUGUCGUCUGCUUUGUUAAAGACUGGAACAAGCGUUCAUUCUUUAUCCGCUUUUAUGACGAAAAGGAAAAAUCAUUGGUAUGGGAAGAUGAUAUGAAACAGACUCGAGGCUUGCAAAUUACCACAAACGACAACAUUCUUGCCAUUACAGCUGCUGGUAACAAAAUUGUUUUUCUUGAUGACCAUGAGGGUGACAACUUUGAAAAGGUGUUGAUGGAAAAACUUAACGCCAGACGAAAUCGUCGGAAUAGAAUUCGUACCAGUGCUGGGACAGGAACAUAUAAUGAAAGUGAAAAUACCCCGUCACUAAAGAAGUCAUCAGACAAAAGCAAGAGAAAACUUACAUUAGAAGAUAUUGGGAAACCUACAAAUGUAAGACACAAUCAACAUAUAGGCUGGAAUCCUGAUACUGGGUUACAUUUUAAUGAUUUAGAUCCAGAUAUGAGGUCACUGUUUGAGAAAAUUGGCAUUACAGAUCAGGACCGCGUUGACAACGAAACAAUGAAGUUUAUUUAUGACUUUGUAGAAAAUCAUGGCGGAACGGAAGCCUUUGCAAGAGAAAAUAGAGAACAACAGAUGAAAAAGCAAGUACCCCCACCACCUAACAGGGCCGGGCCACCCCCGCCACAACCUCCUAGUUGCUUCAAAAGGGCUGGACCACCCCCUUCACCCCCUAGUAAAGCUGUCCCUCCCCCUCCGCCCAACAGGGCUGGACCACCCCCGCCACCAAACCCUAGUAAAGCUGUACACCACAUCCAUCCAACAGGGCUGGGCCACCACCGCCGCCACCCCCUAGUAAAGUUGUACCUCCACCCAACAGUAAUAAAGAUAAGUUUGGGCUUCCUCCAUCGUCCUCUAGACAUACAUCGGGGCUUUCCCCGCCACCUCCUAGUAGAACUGGGCCUCGGCUGUCAUCCCCUAGUAACACAGAUACAGACGCUGCACAUUCCUUACAAGACACAGAUCAAGGGGCAACAGGUGAAAGUAACCCAAUCAAACAACAAAUAAUGCAGUUACUUCUCCAAAACCCUGCAGAGAUCACCGACUUUCUAUAUGAUAUUAUUGAUAAGCGAGGUGGCGUCGACUUUAUCAAAGACAGUCUUGCACAACAAAUGAACAAGACUCAUACGGCACAAG